AUGCCUAAAAAAAAUAAAGUCUACGUGACUGUUUCGCCAACAAAACCAGAGGCAGAAGAACCCCCCAGGAUUUACAUGUCGGGGAACACUGGAUUUAAAGACCAGAACCUUAUAAUAUCCCUUGAAAAUCGCUACCUGGCCAUUUCGCCAACAAAGCCAGAGGCAGAAGAACCCCUCAGAAUUUACAGGCCGGGAAACGCCGGGAUUGAAAAGAAACACAAAAGUGCUUAUGCAUACCGACGAACCAAAGACUCAUUCCAUGAGCAUAAAAAUGAAACUAGACCGAAUAAAAUUGCAGAACUUGUUAAGAAGGCUGAACAUGAAUUAGCAGUUUUACAAAGACAGGGAUAUUUAAAUAGUCUUUAUGCUGUCGACAAAUUGGUAGUAGAACAGAUGAAAAAGAAUUCUUAA